GCGAUUUAUAGGCAUUCAUUUUGUACUGCAAAUCCAACGUCUACCGAUCUAUUAUCAUCGUCCUUGUACCUUUCGCCAGUCUGAUCAUCAAAGCUGGUGAUUGCUUCCCUUUGCUUGUAAUUUCUGCUUCUUUUGUUGUACCAUAGAAGAAGCACUGGAGCAAAUUGUGUGCAUCCUAUGGGAACUGGGAAUUCGUUCUAAGUAUCUGGAAGAAGGAUGUUAUAUUCUAGUACUUGUUAAAGCUUUUCACAUGUGAUGGCUGGAUUGGAGGAAUUGAAGAAGAAGCUUGUGCCUUUGUUUGAUGCUGAGAAGGGUUUCUCACCUGCCUCUACAUCGGAUCCUUUUGAUUCAUACUCUCUAUCCGAUGGUGGAACUGUGAAUUUGUUGAGUCAAUCAUAUGGUGUUUACAACAUCAAUGAGCUGGGACUUCAAAAGUGUACUUCAUGGCCUGUUGAUGAUGCAGAUCAUGGUGAAAAGACAUAUAAAUGUGCUUCCCAUGAGAUGAGGGUUUUUGGAGCCAUAGGUAGCGGUGCAAGUAGUGUUGUUCAGAGAGCUAUUCACAUUCCAACUCACAGGAUUAUUGCUUUGAAGAAGAUUAAUAUUUUUGAGAAGGAGAAAAGGCAACAACUGCUUACUGAAAUAAGGACAUUGUGUGAGGCACCAUGCUGCCAAGGUCUUGUUGAGUUCUAUGGAGCGUUUUAUACUCCAGAUUCUGGGCAAAUAAGCAUAGCUCUAGAGUACAUGGAUGGGGGUUCUCUUGCAGAUAUCAUAAAAGUGAGGAAGAGCAUUCCAGAAGCUAUCCUUUCUCCAAUGGUUCAAAAGCUCUUGAAUGGUCUCAGUUAUUUGCACGGAGUUCGACAUUUAGUUCACAGAGACAUAAAGCCGGCGAAUCUGCUUGUCAAUCUCAAGGGGGAGCCAAAAAUAACAGAUUUUGGCAUUAGUGCUGGCUUAGAAAGCUCUAUUGCUAUGUGUGCUACUUUUGUUGGAACAGUAACUUACAUGUCGCCGGAACGAAUACGAAAUGAGAAUUACUCUUACCCAGCUGACAUUUGGAGCCUUGGGCUUGCACUGUUUGAGUGUGGUACAGGUGAAUUUCCAUAUACAGCUAAUGAAGGACCUGUCAAUCUCAUGUUGCAGAUCCUAGAUGAUCCGUCUCCUUCACUGUCAAGACACGACUUUUCACCAGAGUUCUGCUCGUUCAUUGAUGCUUGCCUCAAAAAAAAUCCUGAUGACAGGCUGACGGCAGAGCAGCUUCUUUCACAUCCAUUUAUUACCAAGUAUACUGAUUCUGCAGUGGACUUGGGUGCUUUCGUCAGAAGCAUUUUUGAUCCUACACAGAGGAUGAAGGAUCUGGCAGAUAUGCUGACAAUACAUUACUAUUUGCUGUUUGAUGGAUCCGAUGAAUUUUGGCAGCAUACCAAAACAUUAUAUAAUGAAUGCUCCACGUUCAGCUUUGGCGAGAAAGAAUCUAUUGGUCCCAGCAAUAUCUUUUCAACCUUGUCCAAUAUACGGAAGACAUUAGCUGGUGAAUGGCCUCCAGAAAAGCUUGUGCAUGUUGUGGAGAAACUUCAAUGCCGUCCUCAUGGUCAAGAUGGAGUAGCAAUUCGUGUUUCUGGAUCUUUUAUAGUUGGGAAUCAGUUCCUCAUUUGCGGAGAUGGUAUGCAAGUUGAGGGUCUGCCAAAUUUAAAAGAUCUCUCUAUUGAUAUACCCAGCAAACGGAUGGGGACCUUUCAUGAGCAAUUUAUUGUAGAGCAGGCGAACAUCAUUGGCCGUUAUUUCAUAACUAAGCAAGAACUUUUCAUUACUCAAUAGAACUCUUCCUGCAAAACUCUUGAGAUCGUGGAUGUGUUUGUAGUUCACUGUUCCUGUAAAUGGAAUGAAGAGUUGAGAAUCAACUCUAGGUAACGCCCACUGUAAAAGACGCCAAUUAAAAUAUGGUUUUUCACUUGAUUAUUUUUUCU